AUGAAUGAAGAAGAAGUUGAAGUACUAAAAUCGAUUUAUGAAUCCGAUCCAAAUUUUUCUGUUGUCAAUGAGAAUACAUUUCAAUAUAAAUUUAUACUUGAUGAUGAACGUUUCUAUUUGACUGAAAUUCAUUGGCCUGAUGAUUAUCCAAAUGUGAUACCAAAAUUCAAUCUUGAUUUAUUUAGUAAUCGUCUUUUAACAGCUGAUUUCAAACGUAAACUAAUAGAAAAACUAACAAACGAAGCUAACGAACAAUUGGGUAUGCCAAUGACAUAUACUUUAUUCGAAAGUAUCAAGGACUUUGCAUAUGAUGGUAACCUUUUUCAAACUAAUUUAACAUCCAAUACGAAUGUAACAGUACUAUCAACAGCAACUACAACUUCGUCUGUGUUAGCUGCACCAGUGGUUAAAAAAGAACAACUAACUAAAUCACAAAAACGUCGUCAAUGGAAUCAUCGAGUCGGUGGUGACGAUGGGCAAAAACCUCGUGGUUAUGAUUGGGUUGAGAUUGUUCGACAUUUAUCUCAAACAGCGAAUAGAGAUUAA